AUGACCAUUGAUAAAAUGAACUUCCGUAAUUUCCCAGUGAAGUUAUACCCUAUAACACAGGACUAUGAAAUCACUCAGCAUUGCCUUGGCACUGGAAUUAAUGGAAAAGUCGUAAAAUGCAUUAAUAGACGAACUGGAAUGAUUUGUGCUCUUAAAGUACUCGGUGACGAUGACAAAGCUCACCGAGAAGUCGACAUACAUUAUCGCGUUCGAAACUGCAAAAACAUUGUUAAUAUUUUGGACAUUUAUCGGAAUAAUAAUACUAACACCGGUCACGACCAUUUACUCAUUGUCAUGGAGUGCAUGGCAGGCGGCGAACUCUUUAAUAGAAUACAACAACGGCAUCAACAUGGUUUCACCGAAUACGACGCUGCUCAAAUUGUUUACCAGAUUGCAAAUGCAAUUUACUGUCUUCACAGCCAAAAGAUCGCCCAUAGGGACUUGAAGCCUGAAAAUUUACUGUUCGAAUCGGAAGAUCCAAAGGCUACACUCAAACUGACCGAUUUCGGUUUUGCAAAGGAAACGUCUGACUUUCUCAAGACUCCGUGUUUUUCACCAUAUUAUGUUGCACCCGAAGUGUUUGGUUCUGCCGCCUAUGAUCAACAGUGCGAUAUGUGGUCUCUCGGUGUAAUAACAUACAUUCUGUUGUGUGGGUACCCUCCUUUCUAUAGCUCCAGAGGGGACCAUUUUUCUCCCGGAAUGAAAGAUCGCAUCAUAGCUGGAUAUUACACGUUUCCCCCAAAUGAAUGGAAAUAUGUUUCCAAUGAAGCGAAAGAUCUUAUAGAGAAACUUCUAAUCGUUGAGCCACGCGAACGACUCACAAUUGAAGGAGUUAUGCAGCAUUCGUGGAUCAUUCAGCAUCAACGAGCCCCGGAAACUCCCCUUCAUACCAUCAGUGUGUUAAACUGCGAGAAUAUGAAUUGGAAUGAUGUUCAGGAGGGUUUCCGAGAAAAUUUGCAAAUAAUGCGGAAGGUGAGUAACACUCCUAAGCUGAAAAAGCUCCCGGACGCCUCGAAUAACCUACUCCGUCGCCGCUUUCGUGGAAGUCCCUCAGUGACUCCCACUCUCUCCACGACAACCUCUACUAAUUGA